AUGACUAAGUCCGCGGACAUUGCGAAGACCGCCGUACAAUCCCAAAAGCAGCAGAUCCUAUCGAGACGACAUAUCGAGGGUCUGAUUGCAGAUGGAAAGCAUAUUAUAAUUUUCGAGAACCGCGUUCUCAAGGUAGACGCUUGGAUCAAGUUCCAUCCGGGAGGCGACAAGUCCAUUAAGCAUAUGGUUGGGAGAGAUGCGACGGAUGAGAUCAAUGCGUACGUAUUUAGAAGAUUAGGAGUGUGCCAGCGAUGGAUUUUAACAUUGGCUCUCAAUUGCAGUCUACACUCGAAAGAAGCGCGGCAACGGAUGCUGUCCUUCCAGAUCGGCCGCGUACAAGGCGUCUGGUUAAAUUUCCUACCUCCCAUCCAGGGAGGCAAGUUCCGUCCGUAUAAUGAUGAAUCGUGCUUCGAAGAAGAUAGCAGCUCUGGACAAGAAACCUCGCAGCCGCCUUCACCCGUUUUCGAUGCCGUUGACGGAAAAGGUACCCUUCGCCGCAGAAAGUCGACUUCCACAACGACCUCCGUGUCCACCCCCGGUAGCGACGACGAAUUCGAACCGAAGCCGUUUUUCCUCGAUGCGCGAACACAAGAGGAGAUUGUUUUUGACAUCAACAAAUACCCGUCUUUAGAUACAACCAGCCAGGAGAGCAUUCGGCAGAAGUACCGCGAGUUGGAUCAGCGGAUUCACGCGGAAGGGCUGUACAACUGCAAUUACUUCUCGUAUUUUGUCGAAUGCUGCCGAUAUACACUGUUCGCGGGCUUGUCAUACUAUUUCCUUCAUUUGGGAUGGUACGGGACGUCGGGUUUCUUCCUGGGUUGCUUCUGGCACCAGCUUGUUUUCAGUGCCCAUGAUGCAGGUCAUAUGGGUAUCACUCACCAUUUCCACGUCGACAGUGUGAUUGGCAUGAUUAUCGCCGAUUAUCUUGGAGGAUUGAGCUUGGGAUGGUGGAAGAGAAACCACAAUGUCCACCACAUCGUCACCAACGCGCCCGAACAUGACCCUGACAUCGAACACAUGCCUUUCUUUGCCAUUUCGCACCGUUUCCUCACGAAUCUCACGAGCACUUACUAUGAGCGUAUAAUGACCUUCGACGCUGCAGCCAACUUCCUGCUGCGCUUCCAGAACUACCUAUACUACCCCAUCCUACUCUUUGGCCGAUUCAACCUCUACGUUCUGAGCUGGCAAUAUCUCCUCUGCGGCCAAGCCCCAAAGAAAGGCCCAGCCUGGUGGCACCGCUGGUUCGAGAUUGCCGGACAGGUUUUCUUCUGGACCUGGUUCGGCUACGGUGUCCUUUACCGCACCAUCCCAGACUGGGGUAGCCGUGUUCUCUUCAUCUUAAUCUCCCACAUGGUCACUUCACCAUUGCAUGUGCAAAUCACACUCUCCCACUUCGCCAUGUCGACAGCCGAUCUGGGUGUGAACGAGUCCUUCCCCCAGAAAAUGCUCCGUACAACCAUGGACGUGGACUGCCCAACAUGGCUCGAUUUCUUCCACGGCGGCCUGCAGUUUCAAGCUAUCCACCAUCUCUACCCGCGGAUCCCCCGGCAUAACCUGCGUCGCACGCAGAAACUUGUCCUUGAGUUCUGUCGUGACACCGGGAUCCCAUAUGCUAUCUUCACGUUUCUUGACGGUAACAAGGAGGUCAUUGGUCGGCUCGGCGACGUUGCGAAACAAGUCCGUAUCCUGGAGGAGUGUAGGAAGUCUUGCGCGCAGCAGGGCGUGUUUUCUGACCAUCAUUAA